UUGCACACCGCAUCAGGAAAUGCGAAGACCUUGACAAGGAAGAAGUUCACUUUCUAGAACGUUGAUUAUAUUGUUAAAGCUGUUUGUGGAAUCUACUCAAAACAGAAAUCUGCUGAUUUUCGCUCAUUGGAAGAGCCAUUUUUUCAAAACUAUUAAAUGAACUCGCGAGAUGAGCUCAUCUCCGUAUAACUGGCAAUCUGAGAAAACUUCUGUGCAGGAUGCAAUCUCCUUCCUCUUUAACAACGAAAUAGUGAGCGAUGUACAUUUUAUGGUCGGGAAAGGCACUCAGAGGCGACGAAUUCCUGCCCACAAAUUUAUACUCGCUGUAAGAAGCGCUGUUUUUGAUGCUAUGUUCAAUGGUGGAAUGUCAACAGAGUCAGACGAAGUGGAACUACCCGACGUUGAAUAUUCAGCUUUCCACUCCUUGCUUCGAUUUAUUUAUACCGACGAAGUACAAAUUGGACCCGAAACAGUAAUGACGACUCUUUACACGGCCAAAAAAUACGCGGUGCCAACUCUGGAAAACGCCUGCGUGGAUUUCUUAAAGAAGAAUUUAAGUCCAGAUAACGCUUUCAUGUUGUUGAGCCAAGCCAGACUGUUUGAUGAACCUCAAUUAGCAGACCUAUGUCUCGAAUGUAUUGACAAGAACACUGCAGAGGCGAUUGCAGCGGAAGGCUUUACUGAUAUUGAUUUUGAAACACUUUGUGUCGUUUUGCAAAGAGACACUUUGUCCAUCCGCGAAAGCCUUUUGUUCGCUGAAGCUUUGAGGUGGGCUGAACACGAAUGUCAACGCAGGAGAAUACCCUCCACUCCUGAAAACAAAAGAAAUGUUCUUUCAAGGGCCCUGUACAUGAUCCGCUUUCCGCUAAUGACCAUUGAGGAGUUUGCAGCUGGUGUUGCACAGUUUGGAAUCCUCACUGACAGGGAGGCAGUCAGCUUGUUUCUUUACUUCACUGUCAACCCUAAGCCUGAGGUCAAUUUCUUGGACAAGCCACGCUGUUGUUUGACUGGUAAGGAAAAAGCAGUUUGUCGCUUCCAAAAAGUUGAGAGUCGUUGGGGUUACAGUGGUACAAGUGACAGGAUACGAUUCACAUGCAGUCGAAAGAUCUUUGUGGUGGGUUUUGGCCUUUAUGGAUCAAUGUAUGGUCCAAGUGACUAUCAAGUAACUAUUCAAGUCAUUGCGACAGAGACAGGAAAAAUUCUUGGCCACAAUGAAACAGCAUUCAGCAGUGAUGGCAGCGACUCCACUUUCCGUGUUAUGUUUAAGGAGCCAAUUGAGAUUCAAGCUGGAGUAAGUUACACUGCCAGUGCAACUUUGAAGGGUCCUGAUUCACACUAUGGCACUUCAGGUGGAAAGAAAGUUGUUUUUGAAACAGAGCAGAAAGAAAAGAUAACUUUCCAGUUUUCAUAUGCCACUGGAAACAAUAAUGGAACCUCCAUAGAGGAUGGACAGCUACCAGAACUUAUUUUUUACACCUGAUCAGGAAACAACUGCAUACAUGUUGAAGGACUCUAAAGA